ACAGAUCCAGACAAAAGGGUGUAGAAGCAGAGCCCCUUAUGUGUGCACUCAUGAAUAUAAACACUCGCACAGGAGAAUGAGAGAUUUAGAGAUGUGUGAGCUUCUUUUCAACAAAUGAUCUGAUAGUUCCGUCGAGAUAUACCUUAUUGCACUAUACAUGUUCUCUAAUGAGUGUUUAGUUAUGCUUUUCACUUUAAUUUAUUGUCACGUUUUAAAGACUCGGUCCCUGUUACACUUCUAAUGAACCUGCUGAAGACUUUACAACUGAAGCAGCGUAACAGAAUUUUGCAAUUGAGUCUUUGAAAUAGUACUUUUCUUCAGAAGUGCACUUCCUCUUCGCUUGGGGAAUCCUGUCAGCGUUCUUUUUUUUUUUUGUGCACUUCAAGACCGCUGCACAGACUUGUCAGCCGCACCUUGUCGUGAGCUUUUUUCCAGUGACGUGACAUCAGUGUUUCAUUUCUUUUUGACAUCUUAUUUUGCGAUACUGUGACAAUUCGAUGUCAUAUUCAUUCAAACGGUUGGGGACUGUAUGGAAGUUAUUGGGGUUGGGAGGGAAGCCUGAAUCACAUGAACACACCUCCGGCUGUAGAAAAAUGUAAUUAUUGCGGCAAGCUGUUGCCUGUCGCUCCCGUUUUAUGCACAUGGGAGUUUGUUUUUAUAUGCAAAGCGAGCUUUAUGUGUCUGGGUUACAGUUUUCUAACUUUAGAAGUGUGUGUGAGUCCAGAACUGAUCAUAUUAACGAUGUUCCAAGAAGGUCAGACUAUGGCCACCCCUAAUAAUAAUGUGUGUACAGUCCCUUACAGGUGUUGUUCAUGAGCUCAGACGAGGUUACACACUGUUAGAAAACUACCAUUGAUGUACAGUAUUAUCUUUUUUGUCUUUCUUUUGUUCCCAGAUCUGGACUACACUGACCUGCUGAUCAAUACGCUGUUACAGAAUGACGAGUUUGACGAGCGCAGACUGAAGCAGUGUCAGUUUCACAUGGUCACCAUGAAUGAAUCCUUUGCAAAAGCAGUGGAGGAGGUGAAGCUGCUGAAACAGAAACCCGGCUACGCAGAGCUGGGGGAAAUCUAUGGUUUAUAUAAGCAAGCCACAGUCGGAGAUGUUAACAUAGGGCGUCCAGGGAUAUUUGACCUUGCAGGACGAGGAAAAUGGGACGCAUGGGAACGAAGGAAAGGCCUGUCCAAAGAUGAAGCGAUGGCCGCCUAUAUCGAUUUGGUGGAGGACCUAAAGAAAAAAUUUGGGAUCUAGCAUCUUUCUGUAAUAUUAUAGACAAAAGAUUCAACAACAGAUGCUGCACUCUUUGGUACUUUAUUACUGUGUAAGACACUGCAGUUUGGAGAACUUCCUGGUUCAAACUAAAAGAAGCAUGUAAAGGAAUAGCAACGUUUUGGGAAAAACACUUAACACUCUUAACGUGCUCCUUAUGAAGCGAGAGCCAGCAGGUGAUGAG